AUGGCCCUGUUACGUUAUUCUCUACCUCUAUCACGACUCGUCUUUCCGACAGCCGUCUCCAAUCGUGGAGCAGCAACAACACCUUCGAAUUCGUCCACCAUUCAACACACGACAAAUUCUUCGAGUCAAGCUGCUUCAGAAGAAACUGUAUUAACUAAAGUGUCACCAUACAAGACUGUUCCUGGCAAAAACUAUGGUGAUACCUAUGCCGAGGUGGCAUUGGCUCGUUUAGAUGACGUACAAAAUUUGAUCCGACGGGGUUCUAUCUGGCCAUUGACAUUCGGUCUUGCGUGUUGUGCUGUCGAAAUGAUGCAAAUGGCUGCUCCUCGUUAUGAUAUGGAUCGAUUUGGUGUUGUCUUUCGGGCUAGUCCUCGUCAAUGUGAUCUGAUGAUUGUCGCUGGUACUUUGACUAACAAAAUGGCACCUGCUAUUCGACGUCUCUACGAACAAAUGCCCCAUCCGAAAUGGGUCAUAUCGAUGGGUUCGUGUGCUAACGGAGGUGGCUACUAUUACUAUUCAUAUUCAGUGGUUCGCGGCUGCGAUCGCGUCAUCCCCGUCGAUAUUUAUGUUCCGGGUUGUCCACCAAGUGCAGAAGCAUUACUCUACGGUAUUCUUCAACUACAGCGAAAAAUUAAACGUCUAGAUACGUUACAAAGAUGGUAUCGCAAAUGA